AUGACCCCGACAAGGCUGAUCUUUGGCUGCAAGAAAUCGAGAAGAUCUUUCGAGAUCUUACACUGCUCUGACAAUGCGAAAGUAGAGUAUGCAACCUAUUUGAUAAUUGGUGAAGCUGAAUACUGGUGGCAAGGUGCAAAGAAAAUGAUGGAGACAAAUCAUGAAGAGCUAACCUGGGAGGCUUUCAAGAAUAAGUUCCUAGAAAAAUACUUCCCGAAAAGUGCUAGGGUUGAGAAGGAGGCCCAAUUUCUGAAGUUGUAUCAAGGGAAUCUCACGAUAGCGGAAUAUGCGACAAAGUUCGAGUCCCUAGCAAAGCACUUCCGCUAUUUCCUAAAUCAGAUAGAUGAAGAAUACAUGUACGAGAGGUUUGAAAGCGGGCUUAGGUAUGAGAUUAAGGAGUUAGUGGGGCCCUUGGAGAUACGUCAAUAUCAAGUGCUAGUGGAGAAAUGCAAGAAAGUGGAGCAUAUAAAACAGAGCCGCCUGAAUAGGGGUGCUAUAGGGCAUAACGACCAACAUAAUAGGGGCAAGCAGCAUCAACAACACAAGCCAUAUGCCCGGCCACUAGGGAAUGCUAGAAAUCAACCUCGACCUCAAAACAGGGAAGGUCAAGGGACAAAAGUUCCAGGUCAGAACCAAGCGUACCCUGUUAAGUGUUUUCGCUGCAACAGAGAAGGACACAAGAUAUCUGAGUGUCCAAUCAGACCAAGGGUUUGUUACAUUUGUCAGAAACCAGACCAUUUUGCAAAUGAAUGCCCUGAACGGAAGGACGAUAGAGUUGUCAAUCGCAACAAUGUCAACGACAAUGUUGUACGCCCUACUGCCAAGGGACGCAUCUACCACAUCAAUUGGGAGAAAACUCCAUCUUCCUCUGAACUUAUCCAAGUGGAUUCGCUCCAACUUACUGUUACUACUUUUCCGUUUGAUUUGGUGGUUACCCUACCUUCUACCGAAUCGCAUGUGGGAGUGAUCCUUGGAAUGGAUUGGUUGUCAAGCCAUUAUGUUCUAUUGGAUUGUGCUCGUAAGUCUGUGAUAUUCCCAGACCCAGGUGUUCCUCGAUUCCUCGAUACCAAUAAAUUGAACUUCUCCUUGAAAGGGGGAGUUAAGAAGUGUGUUUCCCUCAACUCAGUCAGUACGAAGCUAGAGGUGGAGGUAGAUGGGAUACUUGUGGUCGAAGAUUUUCCAGAGGUAUUUCCGCCGGAUGUACCAGGAUUGCCCCCAAUUCGUGAUAUUGAAUUCUCAAUUGAUUUCAGUGUCGAUUACCGUCAACUUAAUAAAGUCACCAUCAAAAACAGGUAUCCCUUUCCACACAUUGAUGAUUUGAUGGACCAAUUCAAAGGAACAAUGAUAUUUUCAAAGAUUGAUUUGAAGUCGGGGUAUCAUCAGAUUCGGGUGAAGGAAGAAGACAUUCCUAAAACUGCAUUCAGAACUCGCUAUGGACACUUUGAGUAUUUGGUGAUGCCUUUUGGUGUCACCAAUGCACCAGCUAUUUUCAUGGACUACAUGAAUCGUAUAUUUCACCCCUUCUUAGACAAAUUUGUAGUGGUCUUCAUUGAUGACAUAUUGAUUUAUUCUAAGAGCCUGGAGGAACAUGAAGUUCACCUACGUCAAGUUUUGCAAGUCUCGAAGGACAAGAGAUUGUAUGCUAAUUUGGGGAAAUGUGAAUUCUGGUUGGAGGAGGUGAAAUUCUUGGGACAUGUCAUUUCAAAGGAAGGUAUCACUGUCGACCCAACUAAAGUAGAGGUUGUGGUGGCAUGGAAACAACCACAAACCGUCACAGAGAUUAGAAGUUUCUUAGGCUUGGCUGGAUAUUAUAGAAGAUUCAUUGAGGAUUUUGCCAAGAUUGUAGCGCCAUUGACACAACUCACAAGAAAGAAUCAUAUUUAUGCAUGGACGGAGGAAUGUGAGAGGAGUUUUCAGAUGAUGAAAGAGAAACUAACUACAUCACCGGUGUUGGUGUUGCCACAACCAGAAGAACCAUAUGAAGUUUAUUGUGAUGCCUCGUUACAAGGGUUGGAUUGUGUACUUAUGCAGAACAAACAAGUGGUAGCAUAUGCUUCAAGACAGUUGAAGGUGCAUGAAAAUUAUCCCACACAUGACAUGGAGUUGGCUGCAAUAGUUUUUACACUAAAGAUUUGGAGGCACUAUUUGUAUGGGUGCAAUUUUGAUGUAUACAGUAACCAUAAAAGUUUGAAAUACUUGUUCGACCAGAAAGAGCUUAAUAUCCGACAGCGGAGAUGGAUGGAGUUCAUCAAGGAUUAUGAGUUCACGUUACACUAUCACCCAGGAAAAGCCAAUGUGGUGGCUGAUGCCUUGAGUAGGAAACGAGCCUAUUUGUCAUCCAUAACAUUGAAAGGAUUAGAGUUGUUAGAGAAUUUUCGCAUCUUAAUAUGGAUUCUUUGUCGGGAAAAGUACAAUGUGGAAUGA